AUGCUGCAAGCAAAUUACAACUACUUGAAAUCAAAGCAGCUUCAAAUUACGCACGAACCAAUCCCAUCAUACGAACCGAAUCCACUCGGCCUGAAAUCAUCCGGCGAACAAAGCCAGGAUAUGGACUACCUUCGUACUUCUUCCCUAAUACUCAGCGAUUCGGCUCUUCUUUUGUCUCAUGUGGAAGCAUUGGAAUGUCAUGUCACCUUUGUGAAGGUGUUUCCACUGGGCAAACAUCAAGCAAUGUCCACAGACUUCCAAGUACAGGUGAUGUCGGAAGAGGGAGUAGAGAACCGUUCAAUCUCGAAAAAACCUCGCAUCGGCGCGAGGGGGGAGCACAAGGUCAAAACUGGGUGUCAAACCUGCAAAAUCAGACACAAGAAAUGCAACGAGGCCAAGCCCGCCUGUUUCCAAUGCACCAGCACUGGGCGCCGGUGCGAUUUUAGUGUCUCACACUCGCACAUUGUCCCCAGAUGGAGGGUCCGGACGGCUGUCCAGCAUCUCCCAUCUGGCCUUCCAGACCACAUGUUGGGCAUGACCAGCUUUGAAGUGAGCCACUUUGAGUAUUUCCGGCGCGUAUGUGCGCGAGACCUCGCCCUCUAUUUCGAGAGCCCGUCGUGGGAGAGCCUGGUGCUUCGGUAUGCCCACAUGGAGCCCAGUAUAUAUCACGCCGCCCUCUCAAUCAGUUCGAUGAGUAAGAACGACUAUUACCCGACGACGACGAUGCCGUCGUCGUACGAUCCAGGAGGACAGAAUACCACCUCACCCAGCGAAUACUGUUUGGCACAAUACAGUCUGGCCAUACAGCGUCUCAAUGCCCGUCUGGAUCGUUCGAUCGAAAGCGUCGAACUCGCUGCCUUUGCCAGUAUCCUCUUCAUCUACAUCGAAGGCAUGCAGGGGUACAAGACAUCCAUGCAUAUUCACCUACGCGGCGGCCUGGCUCUUGCGCGCUGCCUCCAGCACCUGUCCCCCAACGUGGGAUAUCUCGAGUUCGCCUUAUGGCAGAUCCAGGAGCAAGUGGAGCAGAUCGAAGCCAUCAAAAAGUGA